GUGGCUGUCCCCACUGGGGUGGGUGGGGCUCUGUAACUCUUACUUAACGCCACGGCGCCGGUGGCCAUGUUUCUUCUCUUCUUAACCUUACGUUUCUCUCUUUGAGUCUUUCUCUCUCUACAAAUUCGUCUGAUUAAAUUCCGUAGAGUGAUUUUCGCAUUAAUUUUAUUUACUUUUCCGAUGGAACUUGUAGCCGGUGACAGCUACACCACAGGCGAUAAUAUUCCUAAAACGACGUUGUAUGAAAUCCUUCUUCUUAUACAAUCCGAUGACCUCACUUUGAAAGUUCAGGCAGCUAGGGAAAUUCGGCGCCUCACCAAGACUUCCAAACGUUACCGCCGUUAUUUCUCUAACGCCGUGAAAUCACUUGUUCAUAUGCUUCAUUCUAACUCAUUUGAGUCUAAGGAAGCCGCUCUACUUGCCCUCCUCAAUCUCGCUGUUAAAGAUGAAAGAAACAAGAUAAGUAUCAUCAAUGCUGGUGCAUUGGGACCCAUCAUAUGCUUUCUUCAAUCAGAGAAUUCAACUCUACAGGAUCAUGCAACGGCUUCAUUGCUUACAUUAUCUGCUUCUUCUGUGACAAAACCCAUAAUUAGUGCUUCUUGUGUCAUUCCUCGACUUGUGGAUGUCCUAAGACAAGGAAGCUCACAAGCCAAGGUUGAUGCAGUGAUGGCUCUUUACAACCUGGCAACUUAUCAAGGCAACUUAAACUUGAUCCUUCAGACAGAGCCCAUACAUUACAUUAUUGAUUUGCUUAAAUCCUGUAAAAAGUCCUCAAAAGCUGCUGAGAAAUGUAUGGCUCUUAUAGAAUCUUUAGUGUGUUAUGAGGAGGGUAGGACUGCAGUGACGUCUGAAGAAGGAGGAGUACUUGCAGUAGUAGAAGUACUUGAAAGUGGAUCUCUUCAAAGCCGAGAACAUGCUGUAGGUGCUCUACUAGCAAUGUGUCAGAGUGACCGCUGUAAAUACCGGGAAACAAUUCUGAAAGAAGGCGUAAUUCCUGGGCUUCUUGAGCUGACUGUUCAAGGAACACCCAAGUCUCAAACAAAAGCGCAAACACUUUUGAGGUUGCUCAGAGACACUCCUUAUCCUAAUUCUGAACUUGAACCUGACACAUUGGAGAACAUUGUUUCCAAUAUUAUCUGUCAGAUAGAUGGAGACGAACAAUUAGGAAAAACAAAGGACAUGCUUGCUGAGAUGGUACAAAUUAGUAUGGAGCAAAGUUUGAGACAUUUACAGCAAAGGGCACUGAUAUGCACUCCAGCUGAUUUGUCUAUUUCAAGUUUCAAAGAGAGUUAGAAAAGCCAAUUCAGUUGGUAUGCUAAACAGUGUUUACUUUUGUCCGCCUUGCACCUAUGUUGAGUAAUAAUGCCUGAGUCUCAUGACUCGAUUCGUUCUCUUCCUUCCCCUGCGCUAUGAGCCGGUGUCCUCUUGAUUUUCUGUACUUGGAAAAUAUCAGAUGAUAUGAAAGAAUGCCAGUCCGGGUCCUUCUUAAUAGGCGCCAGGUGACUGGUUACUGUUAAUAAUUUUGGGAAAAACUCACAAGGUCUUAGAAUACAAUUUCAGAGUUUGAUCUUUGUAACAUAGAUUGUGUAUUUGAAGGUUAUACAAUUGUUAAAAGUUUCCACUUCUCCAUUCUCAUAGUUUGUUAGUGACAUACAGAGAAUGUUUAAAAGGGAUGGAUGGAGUUUUUUUUAUGAGGACCAUACUGUAUUUAUGAAAGAACCAAAAGAUGAGUAUAAAUAUAUA